AUGACGGCGCUCAGCGUCGGAUACAUCCAGACCUAUCGGGAUUCGGUGGACAGUCUGGGGGAGUCGGUAGACAUGAGUAUAAAGGGGAUGUACACGCUGAUGGCGCGCUGCGAAGAACUGGACCGCUCCAUGCAACCCAUCCACAUGCUGGCCAAACAGAUCCGGGAAAUCAAACGCACGCUGGAAAUGUUCGAGACGUUAUGUAAAUAAUUUCCUAAUAAAGACUUUGUAAAUAAA